AUGAAUACUAUUUCGUUAAUAAUUUUUUUAGGUAUUAUGCAAGUUACAUUCAAAUUUUAUUUUUUAUAUUAAAAAAAAAUCAAUUUAUUUGACUUGAGGAUGCUUAAAUUUAUUUUAUUAUUAGGUUUAAUAUCAAAUAAGAUAGGAAGUAAGUUUGACUUAGUAGUUUAAGAUCAUUUAUCUAGGAAGAACGGCAUUUUAUAGACAGUGCAGAUUUUGUUAGUUUAUUUUUCUAUUAUUCUGAAAUACAAUGGAUUCUAGAGUGUGUCUUUAUUUUUUAUGUUUUUUUGUGCUGUUAUUAAUGGAGUAGAAGAAUAUCUUUUCCUUCCCUUUUUAGACAGAACUGUGAAUAAGUUGUCACUGUAGUUAAACAGCGUAGUGUGUUUAGGAUAGCUAAUAAUUUGUUUGGCAAUCAAUGUAAAUGGAAAAAGAACUUUUUUUGUUUUAAUUACACUAUUUGUAUUAGCAAUUAAACUGGCUUCAAAUUUGCAAAUUUAAAGGGAGAAUAAUAUAAAUUCAAUAUUUUUUUUGAAAUCCGCAAAUUAAUCUAAUUUUUUCUCCUCAUUAAAGCCUUAUGAAAUAGAUAUUCAUAUCAGAUUUUUAAUCAGUAAAUAACUAAAGCCACCACUUUCUGAUAAUAGCAAAAUCAUACUCGAAAGUGUUAUUUUUGAGCACUACUAAUCUUGCUUAAGGAGACCUUAUUGUUUUUGCGAGUAAAUAACUAAUGUAAAAUUUUGA